AUGUCGUCAAUUCGAGUUGUUCUGCGCAUUGCAGCCAAUCUAAAUUUGGAGGUCGAACAACUUGAUAUGAAGACAGCAUUCCUACAUGGUGACUUAGAAGAGGAGAUAUACAUGAAACAAUCAGAGGGGUUCAAAAAAAGUGACAAGGAAAAUCUUGUCUGUCGUCUCAAUAAGAGCUUAUAUGGGUUGAAACAGGCAUCGAGACAGUGGUAUAAGAAGUUUGACUCCUUCAUGACAGACCACAAGUAUCACAGGACUAUAUCUGAUCACUGUAUUUAUGUGAAAAAUUUUUUAGAUGGUGAUUUUGUUAUCCUCUUGUUGUAUGUUGAUGACAUGUUGAUUGUUGGCCGUGAUACUAUAAAAAUUGACAGGUUGAACAAGGAGUUAAGUAAAUCCUUUGCAAUGAAAGAUUUGGGUCCGGUUAAACAGAUAUUGGGAAUAAAAAUCUCACGUGACAGGCAAAAUGGGAAGGUCUGGUUGUUUCAAGAAAAAUACAUUGAGAAAAUACUCAACAUGUUUAACAUGAGUAAGGCUAAUGAAUUCUCAACUCCACUUGCGGGUCACUUUAAACUGAAUAUCAAACAGUGUUCUACAAGUGAAAAAGAUAAAGAAAAUAUAAAAAAUGUUCCUUAUACCUCGACUGUUGAUAGUUUGAUGUAUGCCAUGGUUUGUACCAGACCACAUAUUGCUAAUGCUGUUGGAGUAGUGAAUCGGUAUCUCUCUAAUCCUGGUAAGGAGCAUUGGAAUGUUAUCAAAUGGAUUUUCAGGUAUCUCAAGAGAACUUCUAGAUUGUGUCUGUGUUUCAGCAAUGGUAAAACUAUACUAGAUGGGUACAUCGAUGCAGAUAUGGCAGGUGAUUUUGAUAAAAGGAAGUCCACAUCUGGGUACUUAAUGAUUUUUGCAGGGGGAGCAGUAUCAUGGCAAAAUAGUAGAACAAAGAGAUUGAACAAAGUAUUUAAUCGUUCUUCUUCAUCUCAAGAAAUGGCCUCUUCCACCUCCUCCAACUGCGCGGAUUCGGUCUUGAAUGCUUUGGAAAAUCUGGAUGACCUUUGGGAUUUAAAUGUUUACAUAGCUGAGAAACUGAAGCGGGAGUUUAGACUCUUGAGGACAUUUCUCCUCUGCGCCAGAAUAUGGAGCAGUUUUGAAUCUGACUGUGAUGAGCAUGUAAGUCUAGUAUCUUUCAUGUCUAAACUUGAAGCUGCUAUCAAUGAAAGUGCAGUCAAUUUUCAACCUUAUUGUCGUAGAUCGGGCAGAGUAAUGAGUAAAAAGCUGUUUAGGUUGUCUCUUCUAGUUCGACGUAGUAUCGAAACUUUCAGGCAAAAAAUCAACCAUUUUUACUUCAGAUUCUCUAAUAUUCUGUUGCAAACUAGUAAUUGUCUAAUGGGAUCUGAGUUGAUUGAAUUAAUGGACUCUGCACUAGAGAAUCUGGUUGAUUUUCUUCUCUGCAUCCAUGGAGAUGAUGGUCAAGUCCUACUAGAACUAAGCAAAGACCUGCAGCAGAAGCUAAGAUUCUUCCAAAGUUUGAUUCGCUUCAGUGUGUCACGAGUUGUUGAGCAGAGGCAAUCGGGAGCUGCCAUAGCUCACAUCAAUCUUGUGGCUCUGAAUGCAGCACGCAUCUUUUCCGUAUGUUGGUUAGACGUAAAAGAUGAACAAGUGUUGAAUGAAGUGCAAAAUAAGAUUUUGGAACUGCUACAGAUGAUCAACCCCGUUGAUCCUCCAGUCCGUGAGAUUUACAUGCAAGUCCUCAUGGGUUCAGAUUUGUCAGGAUCAUCAUGCACUAUGAAUAAGGAGAUGAAUAAGCACAUAUUGGGACGCUUAGUCGAUGCUUUCCUGGGUAAUCUUUGGGAGAUACUUAACUGCAGUGCCAGUUUAAUGGAUUCUAAGACAGAUGAAAUACAUAGAGUCUACGAGGGACUGAGAUUCUUGAGAACCAUUCUAGAAAACCAGUAUGAGAACUUUGAUGACCUACCUGAAAAACUGAAGGAUAUUAUUGGAGCUUCCAUUGGUGAGGCAAGAAAUGUGAUUUACUCACUUUUUAAGCACGAACUGAAAGAGGGUUCUGCCAGGGAAAUGGAUAUUGUGCUCUUUGCUUUCCAAGAAAACAUUAAGCUUAUUGAGGCAGAAGUAUCCGACAAAUAUGCAGUAACAGAAACAUUUAAAUCUCCCAGUACAAUCCUGGAAGAUAUUAAGCUUGUUAAUGUAGAAUCUGUAGAGAUUGAUGAUGAAAAUUUCAGCUUUGAAGCUGAAAAGGCUGCCCAGGCUUUACAGCAUUCACAAUCACAAAGGACUAUACCAACAUUCAAUCAAGUUGUGGUGGGAUUUGAUGAUGAGGCCGAGCAAAUAAUCUGCCGACUUACAAGAGGAUCGGGACAGUUGGACAUUGUUUCGAUUGUUGGCAUGCCUGGACUGGGUAAGACAACAUUAGCUAACAAAGUUUAUCAUGAUCCUUUCAUUAUAUGCCACUUCCAGAUUUGUGCUUGGUGUUGCAUUUCUCAAGUAUAUGGAAAGAAAGAUGUCUUAAUUCAGAUAUUGGUUUGCAUUCGUCCUGUGGGUGCUAAUGAAUAUUCUGGGAUGAAAGAAGAUGAUCUUGCUGAAGAGCUCUACCACAGAUUGAAGGGAUACAGGUACCUUCUUGUUCUGGAUGAUCUUUGGGACAUUGAGGCCUGGAAUGGGUUGGAAAAGUUGUUCCCAGAUGAUGCCAAUGGAAGUAGAAUUCUUUUAACAAGUCGAAUUUCUAAGUUGGCUUUGGAAGUUAAACCUGCAAGUAGACCUCUCCAUCUUCGCCAACUUACCGAUGAUGAGUGCUUGGAAUUACUACAGAAGAAACUAAUAGAAGGGGGAGGAUAUCCUCCGGCACUAUUGCUACUUGGAAAGCAUAUAGCAAAAGGGUGUAAAGGGCUGCCUCUAACAGUUGUGAUCGCAGCUGGAAUUCUUGGAAACUUAGAGCAAGAUGGUUGGGAAAAAGUGGCAGAAAGUCUUAGUUCAAGCAGUGUUUGCGGCACAGAACAUUGCAUGCAUAUGUUGGAGCUGAGCUACAAAAGUUUACCUAAUUAUUUGAAGCCAUGCCUUCUAUAUUUUGGAGUAUUUUUAGAAGACCAAGAGAUUCCUGUUUGGAGAUUGAUGCGGCUGUGGAUUGCUGAAGGCUUUGUACAAAAAACAGAGGUAAAGAGUCUAGAGGACAUAGCUGAGGACUAUAUAAUGGAUCUGAUAGGGAGAAGCUUGGUUAUGGUUGACAAACAAAAAUCUAUAGGUGGAGUGAAAACUUGCCGCAUUCAUGACUUGUUGCAUGAAUUUUGUCUAAGAAAAGCCAAAGAAGAAAAUUUUCUGCAGUUGAGACGUGGUUACGCUGGACUCUCUAAUUUUGAUGAGCCAAGUAAUACUCGUCGGUUGUCUAUUUAUUCUAAAGCAAAGCAUUUUCAGAAAUCAAGGCUAUUUUGUCCCCUUCUAAGCUCUCUACUGGUCUCCAGCCAGAGUGAGAACUAUGCAAUACCAUACAAUUUCUCAUUUAUUUUGCGCAUGUUUAAACUUCUGAGAGUGUUGGAUUUGGGAAAACUUAAUCUCGGUUUUGUUUUUCCUGGUGAAAUUUCAUUGCUUGUUCAAUUGAGGUACUUUGCAUUUGGGGGUAGCAUGACUUCCAUCCCAUCAUCAAUAGCAAACCUCUGGAACCUGGAAACGUUGGUUUUAAAAUUAUCGCAUGGUAGUCUUUUUCUCCCGGAUACCAUUUGGAAUAUGCGGACAUUGAGGUACCUACAUGGAAGUGGUAGCUUUCUUGAUCUUAGUUUGGCCAAAGAUAACUGGGAGAGCUCCUCAGAUUUGUGUAACCUCGACACCAUGUCAGCUCUUGUGCUUGAUUUGGGGCAAAGCAUGGACAAGAUAAUGAAAAAGUUUCCAAAUAUCCGCAAACUAAAAUGCAGUCUCCGGGAAACAGAAGAAUCUUCUGGGGAUUGGAACAAGGUUGUGGCAAUUGACUUUCUAUGGCGACUGGAGUCACUCAAGCUGUCUUUUUAUCAUGUGAACAAGAAUCAUUAUGAGUACCAUUUCCCCUUGAAUCUUAAAAAGUUGACUCUUGAAGCAUUUCCCUGGAGUGCGAUUUCCUCAAUUGGAAGACUACCUAAUCUUGAGGUUCUUAAAUUACUGGGAGCAAAAGGCUACAGGGUAGAAAUAUGGAACAUGGAAGAAGGGGAAUUCCCUAAACUCAAAUUCUUGAAGUUGGAGGCCUUGCCCGUUGUCAGGUGGACAUGCUCCAGUGAUCAUCUCCCUUGUCUUCAGAAAUUAAUUUUGCACCGCUGCAUGGAAUUGGAGGAGCUACCUUCUUGUUUGGAGGAAAUUCCAACUCUUGAAUUGAUUCAGGUACAUCGGUGUCCAGGUUCUGUUGGAAAUUUGGUUCAACAGAUUAAAGAAGAGCAGAUGAACUGGGGAAAUGUGGAUCUGAAAAUCCUUAUUUUAGAAGAGAUUUAG